AUGGACCAGCUGAGAGCUCAGCUGGAUACGGCUCAAGGACCUCGUCAACGUCACUUACGAAGCUUGAGAACAUCUUGGAUGACAAUGGCGAGGGAAACGAGUGGAAGAGAUGCUGGGGCCCGCAAGUCCAGUGAAGACGGGCCAUCUAAGUACCUAAUUCUUGAACCUAUGCUGUACACUAUCGUAGACCAACCUCCAAUCAAAGAUUAUGACUACUACAUGGAAUUGUUUGGGCAAUCAGGAAAAAGCCAGUCAUCGGCGCAAACUGGUGACGACAAUCUGAACGAGGGGACUCAAACGGAAGACUGUUUUGACGAGACGAAAUGGACUCAAUAUCCGGCCCACGACGACUUUGGAUGGGGUGCAGAGCGAAGUGCUACUGUAGACUUCAAUACCAGAGAAGAUGAAGCAAUGAUGAUGUUUCGCGAAAAUCACCUCCAAAACCCACGGUUGAAACAAUUCGUGGAGUCAGCUGGGCAAGUCAUCAUUGAUCUGAUUUCUGCCAGGCACAAAUCUACAACUGGCAUUAUUCUGCAGCACAAGAGCACGCUCCCUUUUAGCUCAGGAUUCAACUCGUUCGAACUGGGACCUAUCGCUCAAUCUAGUAAAGUCGUAUCGAUUGCAUUAAGUUCUAAGGCGCCAGAUGUUCUCCUCAUCGGCUUCUUCAUCAAAGAAUCGCCUGCAGAAGACCUUUUGAACCGUACACUACUCGUGGAAUUCUACUUAGAAAAUGAACAACCUCCUAAGAGACUGUUCUUAUCCGAAGGAGAGAUCACAUGCACUAGUUACACUCCUGAUGGCACAUCGCUGAUUGCAGGAGUGAAUGAUGGAGCAAUAGAAGCGUACGACCUGCUUGAGCCUUCAUCUGCCUUCACCUCUUCGAUGCCUUGGAUUGAUAGCCCGUACGACAUUCCACUUCGAUCUCCAGCCUACGACUCGUCCUUUUUAAGUUCUACACUUGCUGAUGGUAAAAUGCAUCCGGUUGUUGAUGUACAAACUCUCACAAAAGAAGACGGGUCGUCUUGUCAGGUGGCUUCGCUAGACCACGCCGGCUCAAUCGCUCUUUGGGUAGUGCUUAGGGAUUCCAACGGACGGCCUGGCGUUCGGCCCGAGUCCCAGCUUUCUCUGCAACUACUUGCUCUAAUUCGCCCAGAUAACUUCAUUUUAAGGGCGUCUUCUCAGCCAACUCCACUAAUUGCCAACUGUAUGAUCACCCAUGCUGACCCUCAAGUGUUCUUAGUUGGGACAGAUGCAGGAUUCCUUUGCAACUUAUCCAGAGCGAAAGUGUCCACGCAAAGAGUGCCACGUUUGAUUGACAGCAAAAUGAACGUUUUUGGAGAAGUACUUUGCGCAAAAGCGUCCCCCUUCGAGAAUGUUGUCAUUUUGGUGGGUUUUUCUUCCGGGUGUCUAGCGUUGUAUCGUUUGGGCAAAAUAAACCCUGUUACUGUUCUAACACCACCUUCAAGCUCAAGGAAACCAUUGUCAUCUGUUGAAUGGUCACCGAUCUCACAAUGCGUUUUGUAUUCUCUACAUGGGUGUAGCCGCCUUCUCGUUUGGGAUCUCUCCAUAGGGCGGUCUCCGCAAUCCGUGAACGACUUAUCGCAGGAGGUCCCUGCAAGGGUGGUAUGUACUCGAAUAUGGCUUCAGAAGAGCGUUAUCUCAUCCAGAAGUGGGAUUGCCUAUUUAGCCCUUGGAUUAAGUUCAGGAAAGGUUGAUGUGCACGCAUUGGAGAGACCAAGAAAAGAAGGAAAUUUGUUGGCCACACUCAAAGCUCUCGACGAGUGA